AUUUUAGGAAAUGUUUCCAUGUGACAACCACACUAAGCUAACCGUAUUUCACAAUAUCAAAACAUUAACAAAUUCCAGAGCUGAUUUUCGAAGGAUUUUGUGUUUUUUCAUCAAAGUGUUUGAUCAAAAUGUUGGGUUGUAUAACACGUAGUUUUUCCGUUCUAUCGCCGUACGUACAUAAACAACGGCUAUUCGUGAAUAGUAAACCACAGUUUGUUCGUUUAUUGAGCCAGUCACCGGUGCUGAACGUUGUUAAACAAGCAGAAGAAGACAGCACUGAUUUACUCUUUGACCUGGGUGGAACGGCCAAAUCUACAGACAUUGAACCGAAGCAAACGAUCAAAGCGGCCAAAGUUAAGAAACCAAAGAGUCAACACGCAAAACCAGUUGGUAAGCCAAAAGAGAAGUUACCAAAUGAAAAGAAAGAAAGAUCAUUCGAGCAAUUGAAAUACCAUGACCUUGGUCUGAAUUUAACUUACAUCAAACUGCCAUUUGAUCAUCCGGAAUUUCCGAAAUUGAUGCUUAUGUUGAAAUCACGCAAAUAUCGUGAUAAUAAAAAAUUGCUAUUGGUCGAAGGGAGACGCCUAACACUCGAAGCAAUCGAAGCCGGUUUGAAGAUUCGCUAUUUAUUAUUCAGCAAUGUUAAGCAAGUGGAAACGAUUCGAGAUAGCCUAGAGAAAGCGUUUAUCAAACAAACGGAAAUCAUUCGUGUGCCACACAAUGAUCUGUCAACAUGGUCAACAUUAACAACAUGCCCGGGAUUGAUUGCCAUUUUCCAACGCCCGUACGAUAUGCAAACCAUUUGGGAUAAUGUUCGAAAAGCCGAAUUGAAAGCAAAAGAAAAUGCCAAUAUUCCAGCCGAUACACACGUAGACAGCGAUGAAAUACAAGUUACAAUUCAAAGUAACACAUUUGAUGGGGUACCAAUAACGGUGAUUUGCGAUCAAGUACGUGAACCAAACAAUUUGGGUAGUAUUAUUCGAACGUGUGCGGCGGUUCCAUGCACAAAAAUUGUACUACUCAAAGGUUGUGCCGAUCCAUGGGAUGUGAAAACUUUGCGCGGUGGAUGCGGUGCACAAUUUCGUGUACCAAUCGUUGGUCCCAUUGAAUGGGAGGAUUUAACCGAACAUUUACCGGAUAUUCGUGAUGUGUCGGUUUUCGUUGCCGACAAUCAAACCCAAAUCAAUGACACAAAAUUACCAUACGAUGAAUUCGAUCAGAAACGCAAACAGAAUAACAUAAAAUUCAUCAAACCGAAAGUGUAUAGCGAUAUUCCGUUUUCCAAUUGUAAGCACAUCGCAUUAGUUAUUGGCGGCGAAACAGAGGGAGUUAGUAGUCAUGCAUUUGAUUUUAUGAAAUUUGCCACCGACCACACAAGCCAAGCGGAUGCAGAGCAAAACAAUGAGAAUCACACGAAAAUCGAAGAAGUUAGACCGGAUAAUGCUGUCGUUGAAAUUCCGUUGGGCAACGGUAUUGAAAGUCUUAAUGCUAGUGUAGCCACGGCUAUUCUUCUGUUUGAAAUACGCAAACAGUUGACACAAUGAAAUUGGCAGACAAAAAACCAAUGAAUUCUAGUUGAUAAUGAAAUAAAUAAACAAAAAUUUACCAUAUAAA